GGACUGGUGGGGCGGUGGCGCCGGUCGGGGCCGGUACCGGUACCGGUACCGGUGGUGGGGCCGGGGCCGCCCUGGAGGCCAUGGUGCAGGAGCCGGGGCGGGCGACAGGCGGUGGAAGCUUGGACUCCAGCGAGGCUCCGCCGCUCUGCUCCUGCCCGUCCCCACCGGCACCGCCGGGUCGCUGCCGCCGGGGAACCCGACGCUUGUCGGAAACCGGUUCCGGGGUGCGGCGGAGCGCAAGCGCAAGUGCGGGGGGCCGGGGGAAGCUGCGGGCCGCCGCUUCCCUGCCUCAUAUCGCCCGGGGGCGGGGGGCGGAGGAGGGCGGCGGCGGCGGGAGUCGGCGGAGCAGCCCCUGCCUGCUCGUGGCACUGCGGCCCCGCAACGUGGAGGCAGAACGGGAGAGGUUCUUCCGCGCCAGCUUCGCCUACGACCCGCAGUUCGAGUACGCGGAGCCGCUGCCUGCCGCCGUUCUGGACAAGUACGGAGCCGCCUCCGAUCGCUUCGUGGCGCAGGCCCUCAGGAUCAUCCAGGCCGUCCUGGAGAAGUAUGGCACCUACGAGAGCUUCGAAGUGGCCACGGGUGGGAGGCUGCUGAGCAAGUGCCAGAUCUGGUCCAUCAUCCGCAAGUACAUGCAGAAGGAAGGCUGCCUGGGAGAGGUGGUGGUGCAGCUGACGGAUGACCUCCUGUCGCAGGCAGUGAUGAUGGUUGAGGACAGCCGCCCCACCCUGGCCAUUAACCUGGCCGGAGCCCGGCAGCACUGGCUGGAGGGGAUGCUGCGCCACGAGAUAGGCACUCACUACAUCCGGGGGGUGAACAACACCCGGCAGCCCUGGCACAGCUCCGAGGGCCGCAAGCAGUACAGCCUGAAGCCUGCCAACCCCACGGAGGAGGGCCUGGCCAGCCUGCACAGCGUCCUGUUCCGCAAGCAGCCCUUCCUGUGGCGCGCCGCGCUGCUCUACUACACGGCGGAGCGGGCCAGCCGCCUCUCCUUCUCCGCGCUCUUCCGCGACCUGGAGCAGUUCGUGCAGGACGCGGCCGUGCGCUGGGAGUACUGCCUGAGGGCCAAGCGCGGCCAGACCGACACCUCCCGCCCAGGCUGUUUCAGCAAGGACCAGGUGUACCUGGAUGGGAUCCUGCGCAUCCUGCGCCAUCGGCAGACCAUCGACUUCCCACUGCUGGCUGCCCUUGGAAAGGUCUCCUACGAGGAUGUAAACCGGCUGAAGGAGUUCGGGGUGCUGGAGCAGGCUCGGAUCCCCCACUUCAUGCAGGACCUGGGGCGCUACAUGAAGCAGCUGGACCACAUACUGGCCACCAAUGGCCUCAACGAGCAGGAGCUGGAACAGCUGCUGCCCGACUGAGCCACAGCCUCCCGUAGGUCCCAGCUGCUGCUCUCACUGGCUGGUUACUGGGGCCCCGUGGGGGCAGGGCUGCUGGUCUGGAUGUGACCCUCCCAGCUUGGGGGACAGCUGCGCCACUCCACGUGGCUGUGAGGAGCAGCAGCAGAAGGUCCAGGGGGAGCAAGAGCAAAGCUGAGGUGACCUCCUGGUUCCCUGAUGGGCACAAGGCUGUGCUGGGGAGGAUGUUCCUGGGAUACUGAGGUGCUCCCAGCAAUGUGAGGGCACUUGCUCUGGGCCAGCAGCUGGGGCUGGGAACUCUGGGCUGUGCCUGGCAGAGAACAAGGGCUGGCACAUCUCUACCCCUCACCCCCUGUCUGUUUCCCAUUCCCUAACCCUUCCCUUGUGCCCCCCACCAGCAGCAGGAAGGACAUGAACCCCUCCAAACUCUGCUCCCCCCCUCCCCGCGAUCAUUCUGCACCCCAGCCCCUCAGCCUGGCUCUGAGCACUCAGGGUGGGUAUGGAGCCUGAUGCAAAGGACAAAAAGUGUAAUAAAAAUUGAUGUCAUGGGGACGAA